CAUUCCUAGCUUUCUCAGUUCCUCUCUUCUUCUCCGAUCACCUUUCCGGGUCAACCCGGAGCACAAACCAUGUCCCUCACCGCCGUCCAAGACACCUCCGAAUCCGAAUCUGACCACGGGCCCAAUUCAGAUCAGGCCGACCCCAACGCCGCCCGACUUAGCAGCUCCUUCCUUUUCCGGUCGGGCACUCCGAGGAGCCGCCAGUCAUCUCCGGGUCACUCGCCCCGACCCGGCACUAGGUUCGGCGAUGCGGAUUCCGAAACGACGUCGUGUUGGGGUGAAGGGUUUAGUGUGCAAAGGAGAUCAGGGAAGAGGAGAGCGGAGAGGGCUUGGUAUAGUGAGAAGAGAGUGAAAGGGUUUGUGGGUGUGAUUGGAUUGGUUGUUUUCUACUUUGUUAUGAAUUGGGUCAUGCUUCUGAGGCUACAAGAUCACCGCCUUCAUAGUAAGUCUUGGUUUUCCGGCAAGUCUUCAUCGUCUCCGGCGCCGGUAUCGGUGACCAUUCAGGCGAAGUGGAAAAAAAAUGGUAAAGGGAAAAGGCCAGCGAAAGGUAAGUAUGGAAGAUUGUUGGGGUUAGCUGCUCAUGCCUUGGCAGAGGGAUAUAGUAAGCCCGAGCCAAAAGAUUUGUGGCAGGAGCCAUUUGUUCCUGCUUCUUCUUGGAAACCUUGUGCCGACCAACGUAGCUGGGAACCCAACGAGGGAAAAAAUGGAUAUAUCAUGGUCACUGCAAAUGGUGGAAUGAACCAGCAGCGGGUUGGGGUCUGCAAUGUUGUUGUUAUUGCAAGAUUACUCAAUGCAACCCUGGUUGUUCCCAAAUUUUUGUAUAGUAGUAUAUGGAGAGAUGUAAGUCAAUUCAGCGAUAUCUAUCAGGAGGAUCAUUUUAUUAACUACUUGAGUCCUGAUAUUCGGAUAGUGAAGGAACUCCCUAAGGAACUGCAGUCAUUAGAUCUGGAAGCUAUUGGCAGUCUUGUGACAGAUGCAGACAUCCCUAAAGAGGCAAAGCCAAGCUUUUACUUGAAACAUAUCACUCCUAUUCUACUUAAAAAUGGAGUUGUACAUUUUCUUGGAUUUGGGAAUCGGUUGGCAUUUGAUCCUAUACCAUUUCAGUUGCAGAGACUUCGAUGCAGAUGUAAUUUUCAUUCCCUGCAAUUUGUUCCCAAGAUACAACAAACGGGGGCUUUACUUCUUCAAAGGUUACGUCACAGUGAAAGUCAUCCUGGACCACUGGAUCAUUAUUUAGUUGGUCCAUAUGCAGCAUCAAUCGAGAAAGAAAAUGAAGGUCCUGCUAAGAAAGUUUCCAAGUAUCUGGCGCUACACCUGAGGUUUGAAAUUGACAUGGUAGCUCAUUCUUUGUGUGAAUUUGGCGGAGGAGAUGCAGAGCAAAAGGAGUUGGAAGCUUUUCGAGCAAUACAUUUCCCUGCAUUGGUACAUCUCCAGAAGACUAAAACGCUACCUACUCCUGCAGUACUGAGGUCAGAAGGCUUGUGUCCCUUGUCACCUGAAGAAGCAGUGCUUAUGCUUGCUGCUCUUGGUUUCAAGCGUAAGACACAUAUAUUUGUGGCAGGGUCACAGAUAUAUGGAGGGAGAUCAAGGAUGAUUGCUUUAACAAGCUUGUACCCUAAAUUGGUGACUAAAGAAAACUUGCUUACACCCGCUGAACUUGAACCUUUCAAGAAUUUUAAAUCUCAGUUAGCAGCACUGGACUUCAUAGGCUGCACCGCUGCUGAUGCAUUUGCAAUGACUGAUUCUGGAAGUCAGUUAUCAUCCUUGGUAUCUGGUUUUCGCAUAUACUAUGGUGGAGGCCUGACUCCAACAAUACGACCAAACAAACGGAGGCUUGCCAGCAUUUUUUCGAAGAACUCCAGUAUUGAAUGGCGUGUGUUUGAGCAGAGAGUAAGAAAGGCAGUUAGACAGACCAAACAUGUGCAACCAAGGCCCAGGGCAAGGAGUGUUUAUCGAUAUCCACGGUGCAACGAUUGUAUGUGCAACAUGACAUUAGUGACAUAGUUCUUGUAGCCAACAUGCUAUUAUUACCGAUUCAAUUGUACUGUGUAAAUUGAACCAACCUUCCAAUCAUCAAUACAAAUCAUUUAACUUC